CUCCUUCUUCUCUCCUCUUCCUUCUCUUCUUCCACCGUGUGUUCUCGACGCGGCUGCGACGACUACGUCUACGAUGACGGCCGAAGCUUCCGUGGCUUCGCCGACGGCGAUGAUGGCGGUGUCUUCGUCCUCCUUUUCACUCGGACGACGGGCCCACCUCCGAACGUUUUUAACGUUCUGCCGCACCGUUAAAACGUCAAACUUUAUCACGAAAACAUGAUAUCUCUCGGGGCGAGCACGAUGGAAGGGACGGGUGAGAGAGAGGAACCGAGACCACCACCGCUCUCUUCUUUGCUAGCGACACUCGAUGACGUCAUCGCAAGCGGCCCAAGAUGGUGUCCCCGCGACGGCGCGGCCAGCUUCGUCUCCUCUCUCUUACUCCUAUUCCUACUCCUAUCUAACCUUCCUCUCUCUCUCUCUCUCUCUCUCUCUUCUCUCUCUUUCUCUCUCUCUCUCUCUCUCUCUCUUAGCUUCAACGUCUUUUGUUUUCGUUUCGAUAUCUUGUUCAAAUCCGCGAAAACAAAUGACAAACGCGAUUCAAAUUUUGUAAAAUAGUUCUUAUUAAUGCUUUUCAACGUUUUUAUUUUUCUAACCUUAUCCUUUCGUUUAGAAACGAGAGAGAAAGAGAGAAAGAGAAAAGAGCUCGCAACGCCACGAAAUUCGGAACGAAACUGAAUAGUUUUCUACGAGUUUUUAAUCCUCGAUAAUUCCUUCACUGUGAUUAUUGAAAUUAAUAGUACGAAAGUUUUCGUCCGAGGAAAUAUCGUGUACGUGAAAUGUGUUGUUUGAAUUUCCUUUUUUAAUUUUCUUUGUUUACUGUCAUAACCUUUAAUGCGUAUUGAUGGUUUAAUUUUCUAUAUUAAGAAUUAUAGAGAAAGAUGCCAUCCAUUCCUUACGUGUCCAGGGUAAAUCAGCUCGAUGCAGCGUCACUAGAUGACGAGAUCAAUAAAGUUUUUGAGAAUCAGGUAAAAGAAAUUUUUAAAUUCUGUCCGCCUGGUAAAGUAGACAAAUGGCAACCAGAGAUCAAAGCUCUUCUGAAAAUUCUUAUAUGGAAUUUUUCGUUAAGAUACAAGAGUCAUACGUUUGGACAACAGAUGCUUGAUCUUCGUUACGACAACUUGAACAAGAUCAAAUCCAUUUUGUACUUAGCUUUGAAAUUCUUACCAAGUUAUAUUAAAGAUAGAGUAAUCGAUAAUGGUAUGAUAUCAAAACUCAAAAGAACAAGCAAGUUGAAGAUUUAUGUAAAGUGGAUAAUCAGUUUCGUACAUUUGUUGGAAUUGAUAAAUUUAGUUAGUUUUUUACAUCGUGGAACUCAACCUCUUUUGAUAGAAAGAUUAUUAAACAUUUCCAGUGUUUCUGUGAACCGAUAUAAGCCAAGAACUAUUGGGUAUUCUUACAUGACUAGAGAACUUCUUUGGCACGGUUUAAUGGAAUUAUUUACAUUAGGAAUACCUAUGUUAAACUAUCACUAUUUAAAACAAAAGAUAAGAAGGUUUUGGUAUCAUAAUAAACAAAAUGGAAUUAAACGAUCAUUUCCAAUUAUGAAUGAAUCUACUGUUUGUGCUUAUUGCAAGGAGAAACCUAUCUUACCAACGCACGCUGGUUGCGAACACGUUUUCUGUUAUUAUUGCUUGGGCGCAAAUUUUACUGCGAUGAAGAUAUUCCUUUGUCCAGAGUGUGAUACCGAAUUACACGACUGUGAUAUGAAAAAUUAUGUCGCCAUUCCGGGUCCUACAGUCAAGAAUGACGAUUUGCAGUGAUUCUUCCAGAAACUAGUGUACGAUACUAUGUAUAUGAAUUUUUGUAUAUAUUAAGAAUGUUCACCAUCUUUCGUUCGCAGUAUAUGCGAUGUCAGAGACACCUAUGAACAAAAUACGAACUAUGAAAACAACCGGGAAACUGUCCCGACUAUUCGACUGUUGUAUCGAAUAGCAAGUAUCUAGAUACGUAAUUUAGAAAUCGUUGGUUCGAGGUUGGUGGAAUCUUUUGUAUUUCGUUUUAUUAAACAUAUAUAAUCAAUUCAUUCAAUCUAUCGCAUGUAUAUAUAAUAAAUUAUUUUUACAAAAAUCAUCCAACAAUCCGCUUCUACGAAUUCAAAGAAUACUUUAUAACGAAUAUCCUCGAGAUAGUACUUUUCUGUUUAACCACCCUUGGCGAAAAGUUUUUAUUUUACCAAAGAUCGGUGAGAUAGAUUCCUGUUUUAUCAAAAAUCGUAGCAGCAACACAAUAUAGACAAUUAAAAUAAUUAGAAAAAAAAAACACAGAAUACAGGCAAUAACAAUAAAUGGUACUAUAAAUGAUAUAAAUUUUUUUUCUUUUUCUUUUUCUCUUAACUUUUUGUUAUAAAUAAUUUAUGUAAAUUCCUAUCGUUACUCUAUUGAUUUUUCACUAUGCCUGAUCUGUACUACAUAAACGUGUGACCUCAUAAGAAUGAUAUACUUGUACUACUUAAAAAUCUGACGUCAUAAGAAUGAUUCGCUUGUACUACUUAAAAAUAUGUCUAUUCAUAUAUGGGCGAUUGAUUUGUAUUACUUGUAGUAGUGGUAGUAUUAGUAAUAAUGCUAGUAAUAGUAGUAGUAGCAGUAGUAGUCGCAGUAGUAGUAGUAGUGGUGGGAAUAGUGAUAAUAAUGAUAGUGAAAGUAGUAGUGAUAAAAAUAAUAAUAGUAAUGAUAAUAGUGAUACUAGUAGUAGUGGUAGAAAAUGGUAGCAAAUGAUAGUGUGGUGACAGCAGGUGGCUAGUAUAUAGUUAAACAUUUGUUAAGUAGUACAAGUCAAUCGCUCAUAUAUGGUGUAACAUUUGUAAGUAGUACAAGUCAAUGAUCCAUUUUCGAUCAGAUAAAAAAUACGUCCGAAUAUUUUUCUUUUCUACGAAUAUAAGUUAUAUAAUUAAUUGAGUCAGUUCAACAUUAAUUAGGAAUCAUCGUUCAAUAUGCGCCACAAUAAGUAAGAAUGAAAGAGAAUAAUUGAAAAAAAAGAAUAUAUAAGAAUAUAUAAGAACAAUAAUUUUUUUGUGAAUUUCUCUAAGAAAUUAUUUUAGAAUUAUUCUACAUAUAGUUUGUUUAUCGAUCGCAAUUAUCAGAUAUGAAAAAUGUAAGUACUUUAAUGUUUAAUUACAGUUAGAAUGAAGAGUAAGAGUAGUAAUACAAGGUAAUAACACUGGAAUCUCUAGUUGAUAGAAAUGGAGUGGAAACAAACAUUGGUGUUUUAUAAAUUUUAUAAAAGCUGGAUGAGGCUUUGAUGAAGCAACCUUAAUGUUUUAAAUAUUAUCACAAAAUGGUUUAUAAUGUAUAUCUAUAUAUUUUCUUUUUAUUAAAAAAUAGCAAUACAAAAUCUUCUUUAUUUUAUUUUCAAUACAACAUUUCGACUUCGAGCAUCGAUUAGCGUUUUCGUCCGAAACAAACAAUAAUAAUAGAUCAAUAUGAUAUACUCGUUGCUUAUCAAAAUAUUAGAUUAUCAUAUAAAAAUAUCAUGCUGCACUAUUAUAAAACGCUUUCCUCUUCUUCGUACGCAAUAUUAUUAUCAUUUAUCAUUAUCAUUAUUAUCAUCAUCAUCAUCAUCAUUAUCAUCACCAUCAUCAUUAUCAUCAUUAUCAUUAUCAUCAUUAUUAUUAUAAUUAUUAUUAUUUUUCUUAUUAUUAUUAUUCUUAUUUUUAUUCUUACUCUUCUUCUUAUUAUUAUUAUUAUUAAUAUUAUUAUUAUUACACAACAUUAUAUUCGGUUGAAUUUAUUCGCUCGAUUGCUGCGUCUUUAUUUGACGGGCGGAUUCGUUCCUUCGAAUAGAAAAUAAAAAUUCUUCGGGAACGAUAAUAAUUUUUAGUGAAAAGUACAUUAAUAAGCACAAAUUUUUCUUUCGCCUUCAUUAUUAUGGUAUUUAUGUAUAUAUAUAUAUAUAGAGAAAUAUCAACGAAUCGAUCGAUCGAAGCUGUUGUCAAGUUGGAAUGUGCAUUAUAUAAUACAAAUUAACAUCGUUACGCAUUUUAGCAACGAGAAUAGCGUCGAUCGUGAUCACGAACAAAUACGUAUGUAAAUAUGUAGGUAUGUAUAUGUACGUGCGAAUGCACGCCCGAAGCGUCGCAAAAUUGUCCAUUAAAAAAUAUUUCUGAUAAUCAUUCAAAACUUCCCGACGAUUCAAAUAAUUUAUAAUUCGAAUCGAGAUUUUCUUCGUUGGAAAAAAUCGUCGUUCGAAUAUAUUUGGAUGGAAAUUUUUUCUUUUUUCUUUUUUGUAAAAUUAUUACACAGGAACAUCGGGUUUGUUUGUUUGUGUGUGUGUGUGUGUGUUAUAAGUACGUGUAGAUAAUUAUUGUUCAAUUUCGAGACAUUAAAAUGAAGCUUUCUGAACGUGGGAAGUUAUUGCGUAAAGAAAUUCGAUCGAAUAUAUAUAUAUAUAUAUAUGUAUGUAUAUAUGUACGUGCGAACAACUUAACGCUUCGCUUCGGGUCGAUAUAAUUCGCUAAUGAAUUAUAUUUUAAUUACCGACGAAAUAAUAAACGUAGGAAGUGCGCGUUUCAUUGUAACAACAAACACACGGAGGAACAGACACGACGGACAGUCCUAUUUAUAUAUAUAUAUCACACAGUGGAGAACACAUAAUAUAUAACAUAUAUUUCUUAUAACAAAGAUAUUAUAUAUAUAUAUAUACUAGACUCUAUUUCGGUUUUACCAUGUUUCAUUUUCUUUUAUUUUUGUUUGUUUGCUUUUUUCUUUAUUGGUUUGUUUGUUUGUUUUUUGUUUCUUUUUCGUCUUUAUCUCUCAUCGACGUUUUUUCUUAACGCAUUUAUUUUUUUUUUCUGCUCCUGCUUUAUUCCCGUAUAAGCUUUACCAUCGUUCUUUUCUUUUCUUUCCUUUUCUUUCUUUUUUUUCUUUUUUUUUUCUUUUUCUUUUUUCCUUAACUUCAUUUAAUAAUCUAUCGGUAAUCCUUAUAAGCACGCGAUCACGGCGUAAGGACAACAAUAAUUUACGCUUAAAAGGACUUCACAAAAGGCUAAGUCAAAGUAAUUUCGCUAGGGAUGCACGAUAUCACGAAAGGGGAAAAAGAUAAAAAAAAAAAAAAAAAAAAAAGAGUGCCUCGCCCGAAUUCACUCUCGAGAAUUCUCUCUUUAAUUUAUCAUUAACGUUUUCUAACAAUGAAAUUGAUUGAUUGCCGUCGAAUGAUUUCAAUUUUUUAUUUCUUUUUUUCUUUUCAUUCCUCUUUAAAAUCGCGACAAUCGAUCGACUGUAAUUUAUCAAUGCUUGAAAAUUAGCAAAAUAUAUUAUUUGUGAGCUUGCUUGAGGAUCGAUCAUUGUAAUACGAUCUUUCAAUCGAAUAAACUAUCGAAAAUCUUUUUCGAUAGUUACGAUAGAUCGAUAU